AUGUCAUCCAACAACAAUUUUCAAGUUUAUUUAACUGGUGGUUUUGCUGCUAUAGGUGGUCUUCUCUUCGGCUAUGACACGGGAGUUAUCUCAGGUGUUCUUACAAUGUCAGAUUUUCUUUUGGCAUUUGGUGGACCGGCAAGCGUCACACGUGGUUCAUUACCAAGUUCUAUAUCAGGUUCUAUUGUGGGUAUUAUGCUGGUUGGUUGUUUUCUUGGUGCACUUUUAGCAGGUCCAUCCGGUGAUCGUUUUUCACGAAAAUAUUCUAUUGUGAUUUUUGCUGUUGUUUUUAUCGUUAGUGCUAUUUUACAAACAGGAUCAUUUAAUUUGUUCAUGCUACUUCUAUCUCGUCUUGUUGCUGGAAUAUCGGUUGGUGCAUUAUCAAUGCUUGUACCUGUAUAUCAAUCAGAAAUAGCUACGAAACAAAUUCGUGGACGUCUUGUAUCACUUCAACAAUGGGCUAUAACAAUUGGUAUUGCAAUUAGUUUUUGGAUUAAUUAUGGUACAAAUGUAUAUUUUUUGGGUAGUAGUUCUGCAUGGCGUAUACCAUUAGCAUUACAAAUUGUACCAGCAUUAAUUCUUGCUGUAGGUAUUCUUCUUUUUCCAUUUUCACCACGUUGGUUAAUGGCUCAAAGUCGUGAUAAUGAAGCAUUACAUGUUUUAAUGAGAAUUCGUUCAGCUUCAUCACUUGAUGUACUUGAUGAAUAUAAUGAUAUUAAAAAUGAAAUUGAUUUUGAACGUCAACAAUCAAUUAAAUCUUAUUCACAAUUUUUUAUUCCACCACUUCGUCGUCGUUUAAUACUUGGCAUAAGUAUACAAAUUUUACAACAACUUACUGGUAUUAAUUCUGUUAUGUAUUAUGCACCAGAAAUUUUUAAACAAGCUGGUUUAAAUGAUCAACGUGCAUCAUUACUUGCAACAGGCAUUAAUGGAUUUGUACUUAUACUUGCAACAAUACCAGCUAUUUUAUUUAUUGAUAAAUUAGGUCGACGUUUUAUAUUAAUUAGUGGAGCAAUAUUUAUGGCAUUAUCAAUGCUAAUUAUAGGUGGAACAAUGGGUGUUCAUGGUUCGACACAUUUUAAUGAAACAACAGGUGCUGUUCAAGUUAUUAUACCAAAUCGACAAGCAUCUUAUGUUAUUAUAAGUUUUGUUUAUAUAUUUGUUGCAGCAUUUUCAUUUAGUUGGGGUCCAACAGCAUGGGUUUAUUGUACAGAAAUAUUUCCAUUAAGUAUGCGUUCAAAAGGUACAUCAAUAACAACAGCUGCUAAUUGGGCAACAAAUUGUAUAGUUUCAUUUCUUGUACCAGCACUUCUUGAAGAUCUUACAUAUGGUACUUAUCUUAUAUUUGGCAUUUUUUGUAUAAUUAUGGGUAUUUUAAUAUAUUUAUUUUAUCCUGAAACAAAAGGAAAAAGUUUAGAAGAUAUGGAUCUUGUUUUUGGUCAAUCUGUAUUGGCUGUUAAACGACGUAGAAAAAAAGAAAAAUUAAAUAUUCAAAUAAAACAUAUAGAAAAAAAUGAAAUUAAUAAAAUUCAAACAUCAUCACAUAAUGGACUUAUUCAAAUUUAUCGUUUUUAA